AUGGUGGAUCUAUCCAUCUCCAGAAAUGAAUAUUCUGAUGAUAAGAGCAGUACCUUCCAAGAUGAGGUGGCUGGCAUGGAUCACGAUGAUGUUAUCGUUAGUGGAUUGAGCCGCAUAGAUGCUGUCAAUGAGGUUCUGUCUAGUUACGGCUCAUUUACAGCUUUUGGACUAGAGUUUAAGUGGCUGAAAAUCUUGCUUUUAUUGGCCUUGUUUUUACAGGGCUACUGUACUGGACUUGGUGGUCAGAUUUCGCAAUCAAUCCAAAUUUAUGCUGCAAAUGGUUUUGCCAAGCAGCCUCAAAUUUCAUCUAUUAGUACCGUGGUUUCCAUAGUGGCAGCUUCUCUUGCUGUUCCUUAUGCACGCUUGUCGGAUCGUUUCGGGCGUAUAGAGUGUUGGAUCCUUGCACUUGUCCUUUACACGGUUGGCGAGAUUACUUGCGCCUCAACUCCAACUUUUGGUGGCCUUUUUGCGGGUGUGGUUAUACAACAAUUUGGUUAUUCGGGGUUUCGUCUUCUUGCUACGGCACUAGCAGCUGAUUUAUCUGGACUAAGAGACCGUACAUUUGCAAUGAAUAUUUUCUUGAUACCAGUGAUCAUCAAUACUUGGGUCAGUGGAAACAUCGUCAGUUCAGUGGCUGGUGAUUCAACACCUUACAAAUGGCGGUGGGGAUACGGAAUUUUUUGCAUAAUUGUGCCCUUUUCUACUUUUCUGUUGAUUCUUCCCUAUGCUUAUGCGCAGUAUCUAGCCGCGAGAGCGGGAAAGUUGCCGCCAUUCAAGUUAAAGAAGAAAGAUCAAGGGUGGAUUCAAGCAUUAUGGAAACUUGCAGAACAGGUAAACCUAAUUGGUAUCAUUUUAUUCACCGCAUUCCUAGUAUUAGUGCUGUUACCUCUUACAUUAGCAGGCGGUACUACGUCCAAAUGGAAAGAAGGUUAUAUCAUCGCCAUGAUUGUAGUUGGUGGUUGUCUGGGCCUCAUAUUUUUGGUGUGGGAAUUAAGAUUUGCCAAGAAUCCAUUCAUACCACGAGCGUACUUGGGUGAUCUUACAAUUUACGUUGCGCUUCUCAUGGAAUUUAUUUGGCGUCUAGGUUUACAAAUUGAGUUAGAAUAUUUGAUUACUGUUCUCAUGGUUGCUUUUGGAGAGUCAAAAUUGAGUGCACAACGUAUAGCCCAAUUGUACAACUUCUUGCAGUCCUGCACUAAUGUUGUUGUAGGUAUUACCUUACAUUUCUAUCCCCAUCCUAAGCCCUUUGUAGUUGUUGGAUCUUUUCUCGGGGUUUUAGGAAUGGGUCUCCUGUACAAAUAUCGAGUGGCAUAUGAUGGAAUAUCGGGUCUUAUCGGUGCUGAAAUUGUUAUUGGUAUAGCAGGUGGUAUGGUACGAUUCCCAAUGUGGACGCUGGUGCACGCUUCGACAACUCACAGUGAGAUGGCAACUGUUACUGGACUUCUUAUGUCUGUAUAUCAGAUUGGAGAUGCUGUAGGUGCUUCAGUGGCAGGAGCAAUCUGGACUCAACAUUUGGCAAAGGAGCUAAUUAAGCGACUUGGCGGACAGUUAGGUUUGGCCAUUUACCAGGCUCCGCUAAACUACUUAAAGAAAUAUCCGAUAGGCUCCGAAAUUCGUGAUCAGAUUCUAGAAUCAUAUUCGAAAGUUCAACGCUUGCUGAUAAUAGUGUCAAUUUCGUUUGCUGCAUUAAAUGCUAUUUUAAGUUUACUCUUGCGUGGAUUUACAGUGGGAAAGAAUCAGAGCUUCAGCCAAGAAAGAAGAGAGCAAGAGAAAGUUGAAAUAAGAAAGCAAUGGUGGCUUCGCCGAGCAAUUGGUUAUUGA